GUAUGGUUUCCAGUGGUAAUAAUGUACGUGUCGUCAGAAAUCUUGCAGUCCCCGCGGGCCUCCCUCUAAAUGAGACAACGUUUGCAGCCUUGCUAAAGAAGCAAGGGUACAGCACGGGGCUUAUAGGCAAAUGGCACCAAGGCCUGAACUGUGACUCCCGAAGUGACCACUGCCACCAUCCAUAUAAUUACGGGUUUGACUACUACUAUGGCAUGCCAUACACUCUCAUUGACAGCUGCUGGCCGGCCCCCUCUCGUAACAUGGAACUAGCCUUUGAGAGUCGGCUCUGGCUCUGCGUACAGCUGGUUGCCAUUGCUGUACUCACACUAACCUUUGGGAAACUGAGUGGCUGGGUCUCUGUUCCCUGGCUCCUGAUCUUCUCCAUGAUUCUGUUUAUUUUCCUCUUGGGCUAUGCUUGGCUCUCCAGCUACACGUCCCGUUUAUACUGGGACUGCCUCCUCAUGCGGGAGCACGAGAUCACAGAGCAGCCCAUGAAGGCCGAACGAGCUGGAUCCAUUAUGGUGAAGGAGGCGAUUUCCUUUUUAGAAAGGCACCGUGAGGAACCUUUCCUCCUCUUCUUCUCCUUUCUUCACGUGCACGUACCUCUCCCCACCACAGACGAUUUCAUUGGCACCAGCAAGCAUGGCUUAUAUGGGGACAAUGUGGAAGAGAUGGACUCCAUGGUGGGCAAGAUUCUUGAUGCUAUAGAUGAGUUUGGCCUAAGGAACGACACCCUCGUCUACUUUGCAUCAGACCACGGAGGGCAUUUGGAGGCUAGGCGAGGUCAUGCCCAACUUGGUGGUUGGAACGGAAUAUACAAAGGUGGAAAAGGCAUGGGGGGCUGGGAAGGUGGAAUCCGCGUCCCAGGAAUUGUUCGAUGGCCUGGAAAGAUACCAGCUGGACAGUUGAUUACGGAAGCUACAAGCUUAAUGGAUAUUUUACCAACUCUCGCAUCAGUGUCAGGAGGAAGUCCCCCUCAGGACAGGGUAAUCGACGGCAGCGACCUCAUGCCCUUGCUGCAGGGCAACAUCCAGCACUCGGAACAUGAGUUUCUUUUCCACUACUGCAGCUCCUACCUGCAUGCCGUGCGGUGGAUCCCCAAAGAUGACAGUGGCGCAGUUUGGAAGGCUCACUACGUGACCCCGAUUUUCCAACCACCAUCUUCUGGUGCCUGCUAUGUCACCUCAUUAUGCAAAUGUUUCGGAGAACAGGUUACCUAUCACAACCCCCCUCUGCUGUUCGAUCUCUCCAGGGACCCCUCGGAGUCCACACCCCUGACACCUGACACAGAGCCCCUCCACGAUUUUGUGAUUAAAAAGGUGGCCGCCGCCCUGAAGGAACAUCAGGAAACCAUCGUGCCCGUGACCUACCAACUCGCAGAACGGAAUCAGGCCAGGGAGUGGCUGACUCCGUGCUGUGGGGUGUUUCCAUUUUGUCUGUGUGACAAGGAAGGGGAACUCUCUUAGCUCCGGAUGCCAAGAAGAAGAGAUAAUUACAAUCAGGUUACCAAAGGUCAAUAACUUUGGUGCUCUCAAGUUUGCAGGGAGUACAUUCAAGAGCCAAUAAAUUCAUCUACCACUCCAGAUUAUGAAAGGCCCACUACUUAUUCCACUUGCUGCUAACUUUUUUUUUAUUCCUGUGGAUAAAUGUUUAUUGAAAUUUG